AUGGCCCCAUCACUUACCGAAGCUGCCGCCCGUGUGGUCCCCGUGGUCGCAAAGCCACCGCAACGAGAACCUCUCAAGUCAACCGGCGUCCUCGAGUCUUUCGACUCCUUCGAUGUGACUCCUAUCAUCUGCCGCGAAGAACUUGCCCUCACCGUAUCCCAGCCUAGCGUUGUCUUCUUCCGGAAACAGGACGACCUGGACAACGACCUCCAGAAAGAACUCGUGCAGCGCCUUGGCAAACUGUCAGGCAAGCCCGCCACCACCGGGCUGCACAUCCACCCGACCAUCAACGCAGGCCGCGAACACGGCAAUAAGGACGACGAGAGUAGUGUGAUUAGCUUGCGGGCGCGUCAGAAGCUAUUCAAAGGCGACUAUACUAUCCUGCGAUUGACGGAGCUGCCGCGGACAGGUGGAGCCACGUAUGCGCAACCGGGGUCCAACGAGAUCGCGAAGAACACACGGCGGGCGCCUGAGAACGUCGGCGAUGUGUUGCAGGCCACGCACCCCGUGAUUCGCACGAACCCGGUGACCGUGUGGAAGAGUAUCUUCGCGGUCGGCCACCAUGUGCAGAAGAUUGACGGGUUGACGGAGGAGGAGACUCGGCAUCUGCUGGAUUGGUUUGUGCAGCUGAUUGUUGAGAAUCAUGAUCUGCAGGUUCGGUUGCGGUGGCAGAAUCCGAAUGAUUUGGUGUACCAUGCUGCAACCCCGGAUUAUGGGGAUUCUGGACCGAGGACCGGCCAGUGCGUGGUCGGGCUGGGCGAGAAGCCUUUUCUGGAUCCUAAUAUUACGGGGAGACGUGAGGCGUUGACGAGGAGGAGUCGAGCGUGUGAUGUUCGGUUGACAGCUUUCCAGACAGAGUGA